CUCUUCGAGAGGGCCUCGGCCAAGUGGUGGAACCCCAAGUUCGACUCCAACAACCUGGAGGAGGCUUGUAUGGAGAGGUGCUUCCCGCAGACCCAGCGCCGGUUUCGCUACGCCCUCUUCUACAUCGGGGUGGCCUGCCUUCUCUGGGGCAUCUACUUCGGCAUACACAUGAGAGAGAAACAGAUUGUUUUCAUGGUGCCGGCUCUGUGCUUCCUCUUGGUGUGUGUAGCGUUUUUUGUGUUCACUUUCACCAAGACUUACGCCCGCCAUUACGUAUGGACUUCGCUGAUACUCACCCUCCUGGUUUUUGCUUUGACUCUUGCUCCGCAGUUCCAGGCUCUGAAGCCUGUCUCAGGAAGUGGUGACAUGUCCAAUCAGACUCCCCCGGCAGAUCCCACAGACACUUGUCUCUCUCAAGUAGGCAGUUUUUCUAUGUGUAUCGAAGUGCUCUUGUUGCUUUACACGGUGAUGCACUUACCCUUGUAUUUAAGCUUGUUUCUGGGACUGUCGUACUCGGUCCUCUUUGAGACCUUCGGGUAUCACUUCCGCGAUGAGAACUGUUUUACGCCUCCCGGAGCCGGUGCCGUUUACUGGGAGCUGUUGAGUAAAGCCUUCCUGCACAUCUGCAUCCACGCCAUCGGUAUUCAUCUAUUUAUCAUGUCCGAAGUCAGAUCGAGAAGCACGUUCCUGAAAGUGGGGCAAUCCAUCAUGCAUGGAAAAGACUUGGAAGUGGAAAAAGCCCUGAAAGAGAGGAUGAUUCAUUCUGUUAUGCCAAGAAUAAUAGCCGAUGACUUAAUGAAGCAGGGGGACGAUGAAAGUGAAAACUCCGUCAAACGUCAUUCCACCUCAAGCCCCAAAAACAGGAAAAAGAAGCCCUCCAUACAGAAAACCCCCAUAAUAUUCCGUCCUUUUAAAAUGCAGCAGAUAGAGCAAGUGAGCAUUUUGUUCGCAGAUAUUGUUGGCUUCACGAAAAUGAGCGCCAAUAAAUCUGCCCACGCUCUGGUGGGACUCCUGAACGACCUCUUUGGACGUUUCGACCGUCUCUGCGAGGACACUAAGUGCGAGAAGAUCAGCACUUUGGGAGACUGUUACUACUGCGUAGCUGGCUGCCCGGAGCCCCGGGCGGAUCACGCUUACUGCUGCAUCGAGAUGGGCUUAGGCAUGAUUAAAGCCAUAGAGCAGUUUUGCCAAGAGAAGAAAGAAAUGGUGAACAUGAGAGUCGGGGUUCACACCGGGACAGUCCUGUGUGGCAUUUUGGGGAUGAGGAGAUUCAAGUUUGAUGUGUGGUCCAAUGAUGUCAAUUUGGCCAAUCUGAUGGAGCAGCUCGGGGUGGCUGGAAAAGUCCAUAUUUCAGAAGCUACUGCGAAAUAUUUGGAUGAUCGUUACGAAAUGGAGGAUGGAAAGGUGAUCGAGCGAGUUGGUCAGAGCGUGGUAGCCGACCAGUUAAAAGGUUUGAAGACCUACCUGAUCUCUGGUCAGAAGGUGAAGGAGCCCCACUGCAGCUGUUCGCAAGCGUUGCUUCCUGGCCUGGAGCCCGGAGAUGGAGCCAGGAUACAGGGAGCAUCAUCAGCCGAGAACGCCGUGGACUUGACAAAGACUCUCAAACAUGCAGAGAAGCCGAAGCCUUGCCCUUCAUGUAGUACCACUCUUGCUCCCCACUGUGAUGUCAGCAUAGACGAAGGAGCUAUCCAAAAUGGUUGUCAGGAUGAGCAUAAAAACAGUACGAAGGCUCCGGGAGGACACAGUCCAAAGACUCAAAAUGGACUUUUGAGCCCUCCGCAGGAAGAAAAGCUCAGCAAUAGUCAAACCUCGCUUUACGAAAUGUUGCAAGAGAAAGGAAGAUGGGGCGGAGUGAGUCUGGAUCAGUCAGCUCUCCUUCCUUUGAGGUUCAAAAACAUCAGAGAGAAGACAGAUGCUCACUUUGUGGAUGUGAUUAAAGAAGACAGCCUUAUGAAAGACUACUUCUUUAAACCGCCUAUCAACAAGCUGAGCCUCAACUUCUUGGAUCAGGACUUGGAGAUGGCCUACAGGACGAGCUAUCAGGAAGAGGUCAUAAGGAAUGCUCCAGUGAAGACGUUUGCCAGCGCUACCUUCAGCUCGCUCCUGGACGUGUUCCUCUCCACCACAGUCUUCCUCAUACUCUCUAUCACGUGUUUCCUGAAACACGGGAUGGUCGCGUCCCCCCCGCCACCGGCAGCCGUCGUGGUGUUCAUCAUCGCCAUCCUGCUAGAGGUGCUCUCCCUUGUCGUCUCAAUUAGAAUGGCGUUCUUUCUGGAGGAGGUGAUGACUUGCACCAAGCGUCUCCUGGAGGUGAUAUCUGGCUGGCUGCCUCGACAUUUUUUCGGCGCAAUCCUGGUUUCUCUCCCAGCUCUUGCAGUUUUUUCACACUUCACCUCUGAUUUUGAAACAAAUAUACAUUACACCAUGUUUAUGUGUUGCGCGAUUCUGAUCACCGUUGUGCAGUACUGUAACUUCUGCCAGCUUAGCUCCUGGAUGCGGUCUCUGCUGGCAACCGUAGUAGGAGCAGUGCUUCUCAUCCUGCUCUACAUCUCCUUGUGUCCAGACAGCUCCGUGGACACUUCUCCUCUAGAUUUGGCACAGAACUUUAGCUCCAGAAAAAGUCCGUGCAACAGUUCGGCGCCGAACGCCACGAAGAGGCCAGCGGACCUGAUCGGUCAGGAGGUGAUUUUGGUGUCCUUCCUUCUGCUCCUCCUGGUCUGGUUUCUGAAUCGAGAGUUCGAGGUCAGUUACCGCCUCCACUACCAUGGAGACGUGGAGGCCGAUCUUCAUCGCACCAAGAUCCAGAGCAUGAGGGAUCAAGCUGACUGGUUGCUGCGGAAUAUUAUUCCGUACCACGUGGCCGAGCAGUUGAAGGUUUCCCAGAGCUAUUCCAAAAACCACGACAGCGGCGGAGUAAUCUUUGCAAGCAUUGUCAACUUCAGUGAGUUCUAUGAAGAGAACUACGAAGGAGGCAAGGAGUGCUACAGAGUCCUGAAUGAACUGAUCGGGGAUUUUGACGAGCUGCUGAGCAAACCACAUUACAGCAGCAUUGAGAAAAUCAAAACAAUUGGGGCGACCUACAUGGCCGCUUCGGGACUGAACACCUCGCAGUGUCAGGACAACCACCAUCCCCACGGACACUUGCAGACCCUUUUUGAAUUUGCCAAAGAAAUGAUGCGAGUGGUGGAUGACUUCAACAACAACAUGCUGUGGUUCAAUUUUAAGCUUAGGAUCGGCUUUAACCACGGCCCUCUCACCGCUGGGGUCAUCGGCACCACCAAGCUGUUGUAUGACAUUUGGGGGGACACUGUGAACAUCGCGAGCAGGAUGGACACCACCGGUGUCGAGUGUCGCAUACAGGUGAGUGAGGAGAGCUACCGCAUCCUCAGCAAGAUGGGGUAUGACUUUGACUAUAGGGGCACGGUCAAUGUGAAGGGGAAAGGUCAGAUGAAGACCUACCUCUACCCAAAAUGCAUGGACAACGGGAUCGUGCCGCAUCACCAGUUGUCUAUAUCUCCAGACAUUCGGGUUCAAGUGGAUGGCAGCAUUGGGCGAUCUCCGACGGAUGAGAUUGCCAACCUGGUGCCUUCUGUACAGAGUUCCGAUAAGACAGCCCACGGCACAGACAACUCGGAAACCAAGGACGUCCUUCCUUCCGCCAAGAAGCUCCAGAAGGAUGCGGUGAAGGCAGAGGAGAGGUGCAGGUUUGGCAAAGCCGCGGAGAAAACUGACUGUGAGGAAGCGGGAGCCGAGGAGGUCAACGAACUGACGAAGCUAAACGUCUCUAAGAGCGUAUGAUGCGCUGUCGGAGUUGCAUGGAGUGCUCUGUCCAUAGAAACACAAAGACGUUUGCAA